AUGGCAACCCACGAAGUGUCAAUGGACCUCCCGAUAAUCGACCUGGACGUCUUCCUCAACUCGCCGCACGACUCGCCCGCGGCGGUGGCCGAGUGCCGCAAGGCGGCCGAGGCGCUCAUCACGUACGGGGCGCUGGUGCUGCACGACAGCCGGGUGUCGCCCAGCGACAACGAGGGCUUCCUGGACCUGCUGGAGGACUACUUCGCGCAGCCGGCGGAGCAGCUGCAGAAGGACGAGCGCCCCGAGCUCAGCUACCAGAUCGGCGCGACGCUCGAGAACACCGAGAAGCCCAAGUGCGCCGUCGACGAGCCGUGCCUGGACGUCAUCAGGCGGCUCGCGCCCGACCAGAGGCCCCUGGACAUCAUGGGCCACAACCCCGACCCCAAGUGCCGCUUCUUCUGGAACAUGAGGGAGGACCCGCCGUAUGAGACCAAGUUCCCCGGGCUCAACGCCGCGAAUGUUGUGCCUGAGGCGCCGCAGAUCAGGGAGAGGUGGACGCCGACGAUGAACCUGUGGGGCAACUCGAUGAAGAACGCCGUAUCAGGCCUCGCAGAGAUGGCAGCAGCCGGCCUAGGCAUCCCAGAGGCGACCUUCAAGGACGCAGGGCGGUACGGCCCCCACAUCCUGGCGCCGACGGCGUCGGACCUCGUCAAGUACGGCGACAAGGACACCAUCCUGGCCGGGUUCCACACGGACCUGAACUUCCUGACCAUCCACGGGCGGUCGCGCUACCCGGGGCUGCACAUCUGGGCGCGCAACACGGGCAAGCGCAUCGCGGUCAAGAUCCCGCCGGGCAACUACCUCCUCGUCCAGGCGGGCAAGCAGCUCGAGCACAUCACGGGCGGGCUCGUCAAGGCCGGGUACCACGAGGUCGUCGUCAACGAGAAGACGAUCGAGACGAUCGAGAGGAGGAGGCGCGAGCUCCCCGACAGGCCGCUCGUCAGGAUAUCGAGCACCUUCUUCUGGCACCUGGCGAGCGACUUCGACCUCAACCCCAUCCCGGAGCUGGCUGAGAAGGCCAAGGCCCUGAGGCUGGAGCAGCUGAACCUCGGCAGGGACGAGGGCGGCGAGGUGCAGUACCCUGCGAUGAAGGUUGGGGAGCAGGUUCAGAGUGAGCUUAAACAUAUUGCGCUGAUGGCAUAA